GUAGGAAGUUUCCACCAAUUGGCAUCGCGUCAGAUAGUUAUUAUAUUUUAGAGAUCUUGCGCUCUUUGUUCAUCAAGCAGCUUGAAUGUAAAUACAUUUACUUAGGCUGUCAUUAAUAUCAGUUAAUGCUGUUUAUUGUGCUGAGGUCAGCAGUCAAACUGGUCACGCAAGCGAUUUCGCAAUGUAUUCGUGAUGUCUUCAAUACAUUUUCAUGCCAGUUCAUUAAUGCAAGCAGCAGCAGGUUUGUGACACAGUUGUGUGGCGAUGAAUGACUGACUCAAGGCUGAACACUCCAGUAUCAACAUUUUGACGACACUCGCGAUGCGGAUCUCAUCUGAAAGCAACGACGCUUAUAUCGACCGAGCAGAAUACCGCUGAUGCUACAUGUUUAUUGAUCACCGAUCGAUUAUUUGCAGUAAUAGCGCUCGUGUGUUUGUAGGCUCGCUUUCUCAUCAUGCUUCAGUUUGGAGACGAGCUCACGCUGUUCUCUGUUGUCUUCGUCGUGGUUCUGCUGGGAACCAGGAGCGCCGUCUGGCCCACGGUGCUCACGGCCUCUCUCUACCUCUUUCUGGUGAUGUUCCGGUUCCCCCAGGUCCCCUCCAGCCGGGCCAGACGGGUGCUUCGGCCCGGGUCUAGAGUGUCGUCGGGCGGCGUGUCAGCGGUGGCGCACCGCGGUGGUGGACACGACGCUCCAGAGAACACCAUAGCUGCUAUACGCGCGGCGAGUGAGAAUGGAGCCACGGGUGUGGAGCUGGACCUGGAGUUCACGGCUGAUGGGGUUCCCAUACUGAUGCACGAUGACACCGUGGACCGAACCACAAACGGAUCGGGACCACUGAGCAAGCUGCUCUUCUCUGAACUGCGCAAACUGGACGCAGCGGCCAAACACAGAUUCAGUGACCGUUUCCGAGGUGAGAAGGUUCCAACGCUGCAGGAGGCUGUAGAGGAAUGCAUCAAGCGCCAGUUGACCAUCUACUUUGACGUCAAAGGUCAUCCAGAUGAGGCAGCUGCAGCACUGAAAGAAUUAUUCCAGAAGUAUCCAGUGCUCUACAACACAAGCAUCGUCUGCUCAUUUGAGCCCAAAGUCAUCUAUAGGAUGCGGCAGGCGGAUCCUAAUGUGGUGACCGCAUUGACCCAUCGGCCGUGGAGUCUGAGUCGGUUUGGCGAUGGGACGCCGCGGUUCUCAUCCGCAUGGAAACACCACUGGAUGCAGGUGUUGGAUGUGCUCCUGGAUUGGGCCCAUCAUCACCUGCUGUGGAACCUGUGUGGAGUUUCUGCUUUCCUGGUGCAGAAGAACUUCAUCUCGCCGGACUAUGUGCAGUACUGGGCAGCCCGAGGCGUAGAGGUGGUGGGCUGGACGGUGAACACGGCUGUGGAGAAGCAGUACUACCAGCAACUACUGAAGAUCAACUACAUCACCGACAGUCUCGUAGAGGACUGUGAACCUCACUACUGA